CCUCCGCUCCGCCACCAGCCCUCCGUCCUCCUCUCCGCCGCCUGUUCUUCUCGCUGCCUCUGGUAGGCCUCUUUGCGUGCUUGCACCCACCCGCUUUCGCUGUCUUCUGUCGCUCGCUCGCUUUCAAACACAGUCGUCCAAGAACAAGAACUCAGUCACGAUGCGCUCGUUCAUUCUCGCCGCCUUCUUCGCCCUCUGCGCCAGCCAAGUCCUCGCGCUGGGUGUCAACAUCACCGGCUUCCCCCCCGGCCUCUCCGCCACCCAGUUCCUCGGCACCUCUGACCCCUCCCUCGCCGCUUGCUCGAGCGGGCAACCGAAGCUAGACGCGUGCACCUUCGCGCUCGGCAACAUCACGGCGUGCGGCACGGACGACGGGUGCCUGUGCAGCAACGCGACGGUGCUCUCGAUCGUCGCGUGCGAGGAGUGCAUGUUCACGCAGCUCGUCAACGACAAUCGCCGCCCGGUUGACCUGCUCGCGGGCCAGACCUCUGCUAUCGCCGCGUACAGCGCGGCGUGCACGGCGGUGAACCACACGAUCCCGCUGACGGCGAAGGAGAUCGCGCUCGCGGUCCCCACGAACUGGGACGGGCCGUUCGGUCAGGGCCUCACCACGCUCGGCACGGUCGUGACCGUCGCGGCCGGGGCGUUCAUCGGUGUCGGUAUGAUCACCGUCGUGAACACCAUGUAAGGGGUGAUUUAAGUGUCAGUGUGGGGGUUGGGACUGCUCGGGCUGGGCUGGGCCCAGUUUGGUUCUGGGGGGGUAGCAUAGAGUGCUGUGUUUUCUUGUCUUGUAUGCUCGAGUAUGGACGGAAGGAGAAUGCAUGCUGUGGGCUUGUAUAUUGGGCGAUGUG